AUGAAGAGCUAUGUUGAAGGUGUUACAGCGUCAGAAAGCAGUCCAGAGCGCAGACUUACGACAAGUAUACUCAGUUCAUUCAGAGCGGUGUACAAGAAAGGCUUGAGAGGGUUUCUGGAAGGUGGUGUGUACAGUCAGUCGACUCCACUUGCCUGUGCUGUACAAUGCGAUACCGAUCCACUGUGUCUGUCCUUCGACUUUGAGACUAUCACUCAAGACUGCUACAUCUCUCACACAGAUCGCUAUGCGCAUCCAGAAGCAUUUCUUGACUUCCCAACUGGAAUUUACUAUGAAUGGCAGGGAGUUGUGGACACUCCCGAGAUUGAGCCAAACGGUGGUCUAUUCAAUACUCAAGUGGUAGUUCGCCUUAUUACAGCCAAGCUGGGGGCAGCAAUUCACUACCGUAUCAUACCUUCAACUCAGCUCCAGACUACGAAUCUCACUACAACUGACUUGUUUGGUUCUGAUCAAAACUUCAGUAUCGCUGCAAGUGGAGACGUUAUCACACUUCCAACUUACUCUUGUAAAGUUUUCGUGAUUGCCGCUAAGGAAGGGAUGGACGACAGUGUCGCGGUGGUCUCCAAUGAGUUUAAAAUAUUUCCAUCCAAAUACGUUUACCUAGUGCCAUACUUCAACAGCAAUUUUCAUGGUUGUGUGACUCGAAUCGAGCUUGAUCUCAAGGGCAAGAAACGACCUCGUCCAGCGCGAUUCCUCGAGUUUAGCGACUACGAAACACCAAACGGUAUUGGUCCGUACGACAACCAAGUUGCUGUAAUCGACUUAGUGACUCUGGACUCGACUUUUAAAGGAUUUUAUGGUGGAUUUACUGCUUUUUCAAAGGUGCCAUUUGUGAAUGAAACCUAUCUAGUCCCAGCUGCGGAUGAUCCAAACUACAAUGCGACCGCGUGGCGAAUUGUGUUGAAAGCUCAAUACGCAGCUUCAGCGACACACUCAGGUUUCGGAAAACCCGCCGAGGUAGAACAAGACGUCGAAUAUUUGUAUUUGGUGCCAUAUUAUAACGGCACAGCGUACGCGUCUAAGAUACUUCGAGUCAUGGCUCUCACAUUCUCGACAACGCCGAUAGUGGAGAUACUUGAUUUGAGCACCGUUGAUCAAACUCUCAAAGGAUUUGGAUCAGCUUUUACCUACGAUUCCUAUGGCUAUUUAGUUCCUCGUGAGAAUGAAAACGGGCUGUUCGGGAAGUUAGUACGUUUUCGGAUCGAUAGUUUUACAACAUCAAGCGUCGAGGUGCUAGACUUGGCAGCUAUCAACUCGCGUUAUGUGGGUUUCAGCAGCGCGAUAACGUGGGACGAACUUACUAUGAACUUGCGCGAAUUCCCCAUUUCGAACUCAGGAUUAGUUGUUCGUGUUAACCUGAACACGUUCCGCGUUACUGGGACCCUCGACCUUGCACGCUUUCACCAAGAUCUAUGCGGAUUCAGCGGAGCCGUCACAGUGACACAUUUUGCUUACUUCGUGCCAUACAUGCGGGUAAAGCAGCCUGACUCGGAGGAGGUGAAUCCGUAUUCCGGUUUGGUGGCCCGUGUGGAUCUUCGCGACUUCACAUCGGUGCGGUAUCUUGAUUUAACUCUUGUUGAUAGCGGUUUGCGUGGAUUCAGGAGGGGCUUUGCGUAUCGCCAAUACGUCUUUUUGGUGCCUCAUCGCUCGAAAUUCUUCGACCUGAUGGGCCCCACGCAGUCUGGCAAAGUCGCACGAAUUGACACCAAUAAUUUCACGCCGAGUGGGGUAUCCUUUCUAGAUUUGACGACUGCACUGCGAAGUCAGGUCCCCGAUUUCGCCGACAGUGAUCUUCGAGGAUUCAAUGGGGGUGUUGUGUCGGGGAAAUAUGCUUUCUUCGUACCAUAUUUCAAUGGAGCUACAUUUUCAGGCAAGGUGUGCAGAAUCAAUCUGGAUAAGUUUGAUGAAGUGCAAACAUUAGAUUUAACUCAACUCGACAGCAACCUCCGUGGAUACAGCGAUGGAAUUCUUUCAAAGGUACAAGAAUCUCUCGAGGCAAACCUGUUUGAUGAGUUCCAGAUCCGAGUGGGAACAACAGAUCCGUAUGACUACACCUACUAA